AUGCGGAGAGCCGAGUAUGGCUUAGCCGUGCCUCCUCCCUGGACUGGACUGGACUGGACUGGGCCAGAGAGCUCGGUCCGAGGUGCAGAGGGGGAUCCUUCCUUCUCCCUGGAAUGUGGUGGGUUUUCGGGGAAGGCGCUAAGUGCUGAGGCCGUGGAGAUGUCGUCAGUGUGGUGGUGUCGUCAGUGUGGUGGUGUCCUCGGGAUGAGCUUCUUAAAGAGACCGCUGUCCUGGAUCUGUGCUGCUGAGGGCUGUGCGGCUCUACAGCGCCCUCGUGUGGCUGAGGACCUUCUGUGGAGCUGUAUUUUCUGCUCGGCCACAGAACAACUACUGGAGUGUCAUGGAGAGGGAAACGUGGAGAGUGAAACUGGAUCAGAUGACUUUUGGCCCAUGUAG